UUAGCUGCUUGUUCAUCCAGGAGGAUUCUGGGUCCACAGUGUUCAGAGGUUUGUUCAGAUUUGAAGGAACAGCCUCAGAGACUCUGUUCUCCUUCACAUCUAAAGAGGGGCGCUGAUUUGCUAACAAGUUAGAGAUGAUGGGAGCAGAGUGAGGAAACUAUCUGGAGAGGGAUUCAAAACUUAAAGAGAGACUCCUGCGAUGGCUCCAGAGCUGCUGACCGUCAUCGUGGCUUCAGGCUCCUGUGUCGUCAUCGGUUUGGUGAUCCUGUUGCUGGUAGUGGUUUACUACAGCAAAUAUCCUCUGUGCUGCAGAUCCAGAGCCAACAGGACCGAGCACUACAGUGAUGAUGAAGCUCAUCAUUACCACAGCAGGCACACUUUGAUUGGCAUGGCCCAGAAUGAGCAAAGUGCUGCGAUGGUCCAGGGAGCUGCUGGACCACAGCUUCCUGGAAGGUUGUUUAUAAUUGGGAAGCCUGCUGACUACUACCUGAACGGGGGCUUGCCCAGGCUGCCGUCCUAUGAGAGCGUCCGUAAGAAGGACCGACAGAGAGAGAUCCACAGCAUGAUCUCACAGCGCUUCGGCCUGAAUGGCUCUCCAAUCGAGCCUCCACCAACGUACGAAGAAACCCUUCGCCAGUCAGCUGAGGUUUCCCCUUCAGACCUGCACACUCUGGAUGUUCACCUGUCAGUCCACAGCCAGGAUGAUUCCUCACAGCUCAAUGAAGACUCAAACCAACCAUCCUCAGCACUCCAGUCCCUGCCCUCCCCCUCCUAUUCCAGCUCCAGCUCCAGAUUUCUGUCUAUCUGAGUCAGCUGCCGGACUCACAGACUUGUGAUGUUAGAGCCAAGAGAGUGGGACUAUCAGGAGUUUCUGGAAGGAACUUCUUUUCUUUCAGGCAGAGCUGUUGAUUAUGCUCAGAGCUUUUCUCAUGAUAAUGACUCUGACUCAAGCUGUACACUCCAAGAGUGAUGGUGACACAUCGCUGCAUUGUUUGUGCAAUUACUGGCAGGUUUUAAGUGGUGUUGUUGUUUUCCUGGAACUGUUGAACGGGAAGGGUGAACCAACAAUAUGCUUCAUUGGAAAACAACCGAGACAUUUGUAACAAAGAUUUUUCCUUCAUUCUUAGAGAACAGAGUUUAAACCAAUUAAAUCAGAAGUGUUCAGUGUUGCA